AUGGAAGAAAUAGAAAACGAGAACAUGGAGCUCCGCGACCAGAUGAAGGAACAUCAAGAAAGGGUCGAUAAAAUACCGGGCGCCCCAAAACUGCUACCAAAAGAGGGCGUCGACCGAUUCGUCGAACAACCAUACAGUGAGGAGGCAGCUCCACAUGCCAUACCUAGAACCUUCAAGAUGCCACCAUACUUGAAGAUAUAUGACGGCACGAUGGAUCCCGAAGAUCAUAUCAUUUACUACGUCACAUCAGUAAAGGGUAACGACCUCUCAAAUGAGCAAGUACCCUCAGUGCUACUAAAAAAGUUCGGCGAGACCUUAACCGGGGGAGCCUUAACUUGGUACUCACAAUUACCAGCACGAUCUAUAACAACGUUCGAGGAAAUGGUCGACAAGUUCGUCACAGCCCACGCCGGGGCUAAGAAAGCGGAAGCCAGGGUAAAUGAUAUAUUCGUCGUUAGGCAAUCGCCAGGCGAGGGGCUCAGGGACUUUUUAGCCCGGUUUAACAGAGUAAGAAUGAGCUUACCAAAUGUAUCGGAAGGGAUGGCGGUGGCAGCUUUCCAGAAUAGGUUGAACAGGAAUGGGUCAAGAGCGACAAGAAAACUAUUAAGUAGACUCAUGAAAUAUCCUCCCACCACUUGGGAAGAAAUUCACAACGCCUACUGCGCCGAGGUGAGAGUAGACGAGGACGACCUUAAUGGUCUGAUACAACGGUUAACAUCGGUCCAAAUAGAGCCGAGGAAAGACCGCUGUAGUGACGGUCGAAGAGAUCAGUCAGGUCCAAGCCUCAACCGAGACAAGCACCAACCUUAUGUCAGGACAGCCGUCCCACCAUCUCCUCGCCAUGUGGAAGGACCGUCCAGGCCACAUACAGGUUGA